UGGGAAAGAGUACCUCAAAGAAGAAAAUGAAUCUGGUGCCUCGUCUUCACGAAAGGAAGAAAGUGUUCACAAGUGGUGCCAGCAAGCCUUGGUAAACUAUCAAGUCAGGGAUGAAAUUCCUUGGAUCCGCCAGCACGCACAGUCUUCAACAUCCGUAGUAUUUUUGGGACCCAACUGCCCGUUAUUCUGCAUAAGGUCACAUGUGAUGCCUGGUUGGACGCCUGGUUGGAGAGACAUUAAAAACUACAGUGCUGCUAUUGUCAAGACAUUACAAAUUAGAGUAUUAAUGGACAUGAUGUUCUGUAGUUUUUAUUCAUUUCAUGUUACGUUUUUGUUAUGAAACAGAAUUUUAAGUUCUCCGAUUUGUGUAAAAGUGAAGUGUUAAGUAAGUUUUGUCAUUUCCUUCUAUUGUCAUUACAAAUUAGAGUAUUACUGGACAUGAUGUUUUGUAGCUUUUAUUCCCUUCAUGCCACGUUUUUGUUAUGAAACAAAAUUUUAAGCUCUCCGAUUU